AUGGGCAAAAGCAGCAAGGCGACGAAAAGAAAUUUCGCAAAACCUAAAGUGAGGCCAGAAGGGCAGCAGGCUCCGUCCAAUGCUCCGCCGAAGAAAACCGUGGCUGAGCGUCAUGAAGCUGCAAAGGCGUCUACGAGUCACCAGAAACAGCGUCUGCGAGGGAAGGCAAAGGGGAACAAGGAUGGCCCAGGCUUGGGGGAGAUUGACUAUGUAGACGUGCUACUGGGAAGUCGAACGAAGGCAAAGUUUGCCAUGUCCGGUGGACGUGCUCAAUAA